GCUCUGCCCUGUUUGCGCUUAAUGCUUCCACUGCGCCCUCCCCGAGACACCGCUGUCCUGUGACCGGGGUCCUCCAGGGCUACCCCAGGUGAACCAGAGGUCCACACCCACCCGGCCGGAGCAGGGGGAUGACUCAGAGAAGUUGGGUGAUCCAGAAAACCCGGCGGUUCUGACGGUGCUUUCACUCCGAGAGGCGCAGCGGUGCCCCCCCUCCAGCCAACGACAGAAUGAUGUCCGCUAUAGAGACUGGUGCCGCCGUGUACCAACCUGCACAGCUGCUCAACUGGGUCUACAUGUCCCUGCAGGACUCCCAGAGCAGCCCGUUCGAUGCCUUCAAAGCCGAGGCGGACUCUUCCCUCCAGGACAUGAACAACUCCAAGCGCAGCGCAGCGGAUCUGAGCUCCAACUAUCUCAACAACUUCUUCCAUCUGAGGAGUGAGGCCUUGAACAACAAUUUCUACAAGAGCUCCUCGCCCUACGGGUCCCUCAACAAUAUCGUGGACGGCCUGAGCUCUCUCGCGGACCAUUUCUCCGACCUCUCCCUGUCCCCCGAGACGCGCAAACACAGCAAACGGCCGCCGCCCAACUACCUGUGCCACCUCUGCUUCAACAAAGGGCACUACAUCAAAGACUGCCCUCAGGCUCGACCCAAAGGUGAAGGCCUGACCCCGUAUCAGGGAAAGAAGAGGUGCUUCGGGGAAUACAAAUGCCCUAAAUGCAAGAGGAAGUGGAUGAGCGGGAACUCCUGGGCCAACAUGGGGCAAGAGUGCAUCAAGUGCCACAUCAACGUCUACCCUCAUAAACAGCGACCUCUGGAGAAACCGGACGGGCUGGACGUGUCGGACCAGAGCAAAGAGCAUCCCCAGCACCUGUGUGAAAAAUGCAAAGUCCUUGGCUACUACUGCCGCCGUGUGCAAUAACUCUCUCUGCUCGACUUCCCUGGUUUGGUCCACAAAGGGACGAUUCUACUUUAAAUUACUAAAACCACAAGGUAAUAUACUUUAUCGUACUUCAGCUCUAACGGUUUAUUCUCUGACACUGGGACUCUCGCUGUGAGAGGCUCGUCGCGAUGGAAGCCUUCUGCAGUAUCUCUCAGCGGAGACGAGUACAAUAUGUGAAUAUUCAUUUGAAGUCGGAACUAUGAAGCCAGAAUCUUACCUUAACUGUGAAUUCAGAAACUUUAGCUCAGCGUCUGACUUCACUCGUGUUGGAGCUAAAGUCCGGAGUGAAGUUUCCAAGUGAAGACUCUUUUCCAAAUGUUUGUAUAUUCCAGCAAUAACUUAAAAUGAUGUUUUCUGUAUAAAAUAUGCAACAAGUCUUUACUCAGAGGGAUAUGCAGUAUUAAUGUGUGUCUGUAUUUUCAGUACUGGAGGGUACAUAAUUAUUGGGAGAUAUUUUAAGCCAUUAUUUUUGUUUCUUAUUACACUUAAAGAAGGAAUAUAUCAGCCAACUAACAUUUAUUCUUUAUAUACUAUGUGACUACAGUUAAAACUCCUUUUGGGUCAUUUUAUUCCAAAGUUGUUAACAAAUGCAAUAUUUCAGGAACAACGUAUUUCCUGACAAAAAGAAUAAAUUACAGCACAUUUAUAUUUUGGCACCCGGUGCUAACAGUGACUCAGCAAAGUUUUAAAAAGGUCAUAGUUUGUAAUGUCUCGUAUGUAACACGAGACGAAAAAGAGGAAUAAAAUCUGUAUGUGCCAAAGAUCAUGAGGGAUUAAGUGGAAGGUUCCGUGUGCAUGUUGCUUCAGAGGGUUUUUAUAUUUCAAAUUAACGAUAAUUAAAUGGAAAAGAACCAUCAGUUGAUUAUAACUGUUUUGGGAUGUGACACGCCGUUUAAUGUGCCUUGAUGUGAGUAACCCAUGAGAUGGAGCUCUUCAAAUGUUUUUGUAUUAAAAUGCAUUUAAACAUGU